CGGAAUUAAAAAAAGAAGAAGAAUUAAAUACUAGCCCCAGAUUUUAUGCAUAAAUUUUCAAAAUUCAAAAAGUUACAAAAAGUAUGAAAUUUUAUAGAGAAUAAAUUAAUUUCUAUAUAAAUGUAGAUAAACCAAGUUAAAUAUGACCACUUUACCGGAAGUUCAACAACAAAAGACCUUCAAAUACCUGGAAGAAGUAGAAACAGUAGCCCAAGAUAUCCUAACACUAAAAGACGAAAAAUUAGAGCUCUCAAACGCUCAGAACAAGCUCAGAGAAGCCCUAAGAGCCCUGGAACAGGUCGAGGAUAGAAAUAGUUGGAUUACCUUGGGUUCAGUGUAUGUUCAAAAGCCCACAAUUGAAUGUAAAGCACUUUUACGUGAAGAAAUAGAUAAGGCUGAGGAACAUUUGAAGGAAUUGCAUGAGGAAAUUAGGGAUAAAGUUCAUAGACUUAGGGAUUUGGAACAUGAACCGAGAUUGGAAGGUUUUGCUUUGAAGCCAAUGUCACUAGCCGAAGUAAAGGCCUUGCACAAAGGUUUUGGAUCGCUUUGAGUUAUAGAAUCUUUAUAAAUAACAUUGUUUUGAGGCUCAAUACUGGCUGAACCACUAGUAAUGGCUAUAAAUGGAUAAAACUAAAUAUUUAUUGUAUUAAUUUAAUGAUUAUUGAGUCAUUUUAAUGAAGAGAUAUAGGUGACUAAUAUAUGAAGGAAUUCUGAACUGAAAUAAUGCUGUUUUAUAUGCUAAUUAUGACAAAACAAACUUAUAUAUGUAGAUAACAAUUAUUUUUUUAUGUAUUACAGAUAAUUUUAUAUUUACCCACUUAUUUUUUUAAAUAAAUAUGGUGAGAAUU